CCUUAACAUCCGGGUACUCGUGAGCGCAUGCGUUUAACCAAAGUCGUCAUCAGAUCUCGAAUUAUAACAUACGUGGCCUUUACAAGGAGUAGUCAUCUAAACGCUGAGAACUCCGUAAUACCUUUCCAACAUGGACCAAGUAAUGCAAUUUGUGGAACCCAGUCGGCAGUUUGUUAAGGACUCCAUAAGGCUUGUUAAGAGGUGUACCAAGCCGGACAGAAAAGAAUUCUCCAAGAUUGCCAUGGCCACCGCAAUAGGAUUUGCUAUCAUGGGCUUCAUCGGUUUCUUCGUCAAACUUAUUCACAUCCCCAUCAACAACAUCAUUGUUGGUGGUUGAAUAUCCCCUGACCGAUUACCUGAAACUGGACAUAGGAUCAAAGUGCCGAGAAGUGUUUAUUUCUUUGUAUAUUAUAUUGACCUUCUGUUCAUAUUUGUUUGCUUUGUAAAUAAAUUUGACUUAAAAAGAGAA